AUGGACGGCGACCACACAGGCAAGAACUUGGAUGCAGGCGCAAAUGCUGCCACCAAGGCACAAGAUCUCACUGAAGGCAUCCACGAGGGCGCCGCACAAGGAGCAGCCGCUGGAGCCAAGACGACAGGUCAGGGUACCUCGAUGUUCUCAAAGGAUGGGGCUGUUGGCCAUCAAUUCACGGGAGCAGGUCAGUUUGGGCGCUCUGCCGACUCGGCAAUGGUCAAUAGGCAAGCUGGAAUGCGAGAACUGACAAACAAUCCAACAUAUACAGGCGCAAUUGGAGGUGCCGGAAAUAAAGUCGGAGGGCCACUGGCUGAAGACGGCAUGAUCGGAAAGAACUUCACCCCGUCCGGUGCCAUCGGUGGUUCGAUCCAGAAGAUGGCGGAGAAGAACGAGCAGCAUUGA